AUGCCUAUUGAGUAAUAGGUUAUAAAAUAAGCAGAACUCAAAAACUCCUAAUAAAUUUCAACCUUUUAUUCUGGAAGAUAUGAAGAACAGUGUUACUUAUGCCAACAUGGUUUACAUGGUAAAGAAGUUGCCAGUACAUAAAAUAAUGGUAUCUUAUGCUUUUAUUUGACUAGUUGUUUACUAAACACCAGAAGUUAUAGUAUCUUAAACUAUUGGUUAACCCUUAACUACAAAAAAAACUAUAAGAAACAAUUCAAUAGAUAAAAAUCUUUCACAAAUCAUUAAUACUCCUCCAAGAAAUGAUUCAGUUUAUUCUUAAUAGCUUUAACAAUCUCCAGUUUAGAAUAUUUAAUCAAAUUUACCAUAAAAUCAAUAAAUAAUUCCUACAACCCAAUAAUAAUUAUAAUAAUCAUAACUUUAGAAUUUUUAAUUAAAUGUACCAUAAAAUUAAUAACUAAUUAAUACAAACCAAUUUCAAUUAUAAUAGUCCCCAGUUUAGAAUAUUUAAUUAAAUGUACCAUAAAAUCAAUAAGUAAUUACUACAAACCAAUAACCAUUAUAAUAGUCAUAAUUUUAGAAUUUUUAAUUAAAUGUACCAUAAAAUCAAUAACUAAUUAAUACAAACCAAUAACCAUUAUAAUAGUCUCCUGUCCAAAAUUUGUAACUUAAAGUAUAAUAAUCUUAAAUCAUUCCUUAAAUGAUAUAAUAAAAUUAAGUUGUCUAAUAGAUACCUCAAGUUGAAGAUUAUUAGGUUACUACUGUGCCAUAAAAAGUUAUUCAAGAGACUCUGACAACUGUCCAAGAAUAAUAAAUCACACCUUAAGAGCAAGUUGAAAUGUAUUGGAGAUAUAAAGUUUAUGAACUUUAAGAAAGAGUUUAUGAAUUAAUGAAUUAAAUUAGUCUUUAAAAAUAAGGAAAUCUAUAACACUAACGAACUGGGUCUUAAAUAAAGAAAAGCACUGAAGAUUCAUUCAAAGUAAACUUCAUUAAAAUUACAAUAGGUUGAGUAAGCUAAAUAAGAAAUUUUGUAAUUAGAAAGUUAACUUAAGCUAAAAUAAAAAACAAGUAUAGAUUUAAGAAAUAAACUCAAUCUUAUGAUCUAUAGAUAAGAUCCUACCGAUGAAGCCACUAAAUAUAAGGAAUAAGAAUUGUAGCAGUUAAGACAAAAAUAUAACACUUUAAAUUUUAAACAUUAAAGUAAUGUAGAAGAUAUUGCAAUGACUUAAGCCAUUUUAGAGGCUAUAAAAAGUGGAAAGGGAUACAAAUUAGUGUCUGUACGAGAACAAUAAUAAACAUCAUCUUAUAAUAGAUCAAGCCAAGGAUAACAAAAUUAUAAUUGA